UAGCCUCCGGAGCAGCGGAGGAUAGAGCUUUUUCUGCGGAGGGAACCGGCUUUUCAGGAACUCCUAGCGCGAUGUGGCAAUUCUUUUUGCCGACUCGGACGUUCCAGGCCACCCCGCGCGGGAGAGGAUGGCUCAUAAACUGUUUUAGCCGCGCGGAGGAGUCUUUCCAGUAAGCAGCCUCGGCCGGUCGAGGGGAGGACGGUGUGAAGAAGGGCUCCGAUGGAUGAGAACCGCUGCAGCGACUCUGAGCCCCAGCUUUCCCCGCUCACCUUCAAGGUCUACAAGCGGCGCUGGUUUAUCCUGACGGUCGUCUGCCUGGUGAAUUGCUCCAAUGCGAUGCUAUGGCUGACAUUUGCUCCAGUGGCUGACAUAACAGCUCAGCGAUUCCAUACUUCAUUGGAUAUGGUCAACUGGCUCUCCACUGUGUUCCCUGUGAUAUCAGUUCCUGUGGGCUUUGCAGCAAUAUGGAUUUUGGACACCAUCGGACUUAGAUGUGCUGUGCUGCUCUCUGCCUGGCUCAAUAUGUUGGGCAGCGUCAUUCGUGUUUUCAGCGUUGUUGAUGGCAUGAGCUUGGGCUCCCUAAACUACAUCUACCUGCUCGUAGGCCAGUGCCUCUGUGCCGGGGCCCAGCCACUCAUCAUCUUUGCACCAACUAAGCUAGCGGCCUUAUGGUUCCCUGAAGACCAACGAACCACAGCCAAUACGAUUGCCUCUAUGUCCAAUCCAUUGGGCAUGCUCAUAGCUAACCUAUUGUCACCUGCACUUGCUCCAGGAGAGAAAGAUAUUCAUUUACUGAUUGGAGUGUAUGCAGCUCCUGCUAUCCUUGGCUGCAUCUUGGCCACCUUCGGGGUUUGCAGUGGUGUUCCCCCAACUCCACCUUCAGCAACUGCCGAUCGUUCAAGUUCACCAACUUUCUGUGAAGGUUUGAAAAUGCUUAUCCGAAAUAAGCCUUACGUCAUCCUGUCCCUCUGCUUUGGCACGGGGAUAGCACUGUUCAUUUGUCUCAGUGCUCUGUUGGAACAGGUCCUGUGUGUCAAUGGAUAUUCAAAUUUUUUUGCAGGUUUGACUGGAGCCUUGCUCAUUUUAUUUGGACUCUUCGGUGCCUUCUUCCUUGGGCUAUAUGUAGAUAGGACAAAGAAAUUUACAGAAACUACCAAGAUCAGUUUUAUUCUAUCAGCUUUGUUUUUCAUUGCAUUUAUAUUGGUAUGUCAGAUGAGAAACCAAACAUAUGCUGUGGCAAUAGGCAGCAGUCUUUUGGGGUUAUUUGGAUUUUCUGUCUAUCCCAUUGCGAUGGAACUAAACGUUGAAUGCUCUUACCCUGUAGGAGAAGGAAUGUCAUCAGGGAUCAUUUUUGUGAUCAGCCAGAUCCUAGCAGUUCUCUUCAUACUUCUGUUCCAAAGCUUGGCUGUGGAAAAAAAGGAUGCCCCGUUCUCGACAUGUGCUCCAUCCCUAGGUCCACCAAUGGAUUGGACAACUUCAACACUAACGAUGGCUGGAAUCAGCACUGUAACAGCCUGUUUCUUUAUCAUUACCUUUCACACUAAUUACAAGCGGAUCUCUGCAGAAAGAUCUCAAAGCUACUCCACCAACAAAACAGAAGAUGAAGAUAUUGUAGUAACAGCAUGAGAUAAAAUAUUUCCAGAUGAACUCUGGACCUAAACUCUAGACUCAUGUGCCUAAAAAUCAGUUGACACAUCAGACACCUCAAGUGCCUGAUUAACUUAAUAAAUUAUAACUUUGUGAUAA